UCAAACGAAUCAGGAAGGCACUUCCCCUUCCCUACAAAUCAGCCUGACCCAGGCCAAGUGGCGACCGAGUUCAGAUUUGGUCAAAUUGCUUUAGAGGGUAUGGGCGACGGGGUGGAUGACUGUUGGGAUGCAAUACUAUGGCAGCAAAUGCUAGAAGGACCAGUGUUCCCAGGGUUGCCUUCUUCCCUACACAUGUCUAGCUCGGAGUGCUUCUAUAAUUAGCAGUUUCAAUUCCGCAGACAGAGGACAUGUAAAAAGCUAUCUAUCUUCUCCCUCCUUUCACGGUUCCGUGGUUGUCGUAAUGGUUGUGGAUGGAGCUUGAGCCAGCCAAGACCAAUCACGGAGAGGGAAAAUGCUGACUGAGCCCCUGAAUGAAGCGACAAAAGUUUCUCCGAAGUAUUGGCGACGAUUCUCAGGCACGACUGCUAUUCUCACUUCCAACCCUAUCUCGCGAUGAACGUUCCUCUAUUUAAAGAGAAGCCACCUAUAAUAUGACCCUCUACGGCAUGGCCAAUGGCUCUCGUAAAUCACAUCGGAAAUCACGUCUUGGAUGUGGCAACUGUAAACGUCGCAGGAUCAAAUGCGAUGAGGUUCGGCCAUCCUGCGGUGGUUGUCUGCGUCACUCAGUGGAGUGUGAUUAUCAGCUCGAGGAAUCGAGUACCAAUCUACCAACACCAGCAGAGAACGCGAACGCGCAGCCACCGGCGACGGCGCCCAGGAAGGUGCCAAGCAAGCGCCAUCAAACAUUUAUUUCAUCAUAUCAAUCCAACUUCAAGCCACCAAAGCGUGCACAUAGAACUCGCAAGUCUCUAUCAAUACAGCUACUGCAAUGCUCCUCAUCUGACCGAAUUCUUCCGACGUUGGCAUGUCGACCAUUUGAGUUUACUAUAAUCGAUAUGGAGCUGUUCCAUAACUUCUUAAAUCCAACAGACUCUGGCGGUUCCGAAUGUCAGAGUGCAGCGAGAGUGCAGCUAUCUCAACUUUCUCGUCUUGGUUUCACUUUUCCGUACGUCCUGCGCCUCCUGCUUGCUUGUUCGGGCUUUCAGUUGGCACGGCGUCCAGAAAUCGUUCAGCUUCAACAGUCUGCCAUCCAAGGGAAGGACUACCAUGUGGUAGCUGAACGGCACUAUAACCUUGCCAUCCGAGAAGUGGCAGCUGCAGUGCCACGGCUAAAUAAAGAAAACUGCCAUGCAGUUUACACCGCCGCUGUGUACAUCUUCAUCUGCUCAUUCGCCAUAGGGCCGCGGGCAGGUGAGUAUAUGGCUUUCAGUGAUGAUGGCCAAGGGGGUUUUCUAUCCUUAUUCAUGGGUGUCCGGACAGUACUGGAAAUAAGCAGCAAGUUGUUUUCACCAGAUAUAGUUUUAAGAGGUGAUGAGGGGGAAUCGGGUUCCGAGUCAGAACCGGACGCAGAGUCAACAGGUACCGCCAGAAGUUCAACUAUCACUUGUGAAUAUGGCUACUGGAUGGGUCAGCUGCGACAUCUUAUAGAUUCCGAACUCGGCGGAAACGAUACGCUUUCUUCUGUUUAUAAUAUGGUGUUCGAACGACUUUGCCAGUGUUACGAUGUUAUCUAUAGCCCGUCUUCGCCUAUAACGACUGCGCUUUUAUGGCCAUGCAUCUUCGGCUGGCUCUACAGACUGCCAGACGUUUUCAUGGUUGGACUUAGGCAGCGACACCAGCCGGCAUUAGUGCUAUUUUCCUAUUUCGUCCUCUUGUUGGAUGAGCUUACCGGGAAUUGGUUCCUUCAAGAUUGGCCUAAACACAUUCUCAUUGGGAUUUAUCGUAACCUCGACGUCUAUCACCAACACUACGUCCAGUGGCCCAUGCAGUGCGUCACCGGCAAAGCCUAGAACGCAGCUUGGCUCUGUGAAAAGAUUGUGUCUGUCAAAUAUAUGCUAGCCACAACACUCUCCGUAUAUGGAAUAUGCCCUUUUGAGAUUACUCGCAAUGUGUCCUGUCCAGGUAUUACGUCCGGGUCAUGGCCAUGGCCACAGGCACAGGAUUGCCUAUCGCUCAAUACCAAUUGUGGAAAGCAUCC